GCAAUGGCGUGGCAGGCAAUACAGUGAACGAUGGUAAUCAAACACCCGUGCGUAAUCCUCCAGGCGCUUUUCACAAUUCAGCGAACACACUGGCGCAACAUAAUCUACUCGGUGGUAUAAUCCUUUGGAUUAAAAUGCAAUCAUUUGGGAUUUGCAAGCAUUUAUCGACUUGGUACCAGCAGCAGUGGCAUUGCCACAAAGAAACACAACAAAAUAAAAAUGAAAAACAGAAGCGAAAGCACGAAAAUCUACAGCAACUGCAAGAACAACACCCAGAGCAGAGAAAACAACGUGCACAAAAACAAAACAUUAAUUGGCAGCCAUUAAAUUACCAGCCAAAAAAUCAUUUCACUUCGCUUCAACGGGCAUCCACUGCGUAUGAGCAAUCAUCAGCAUUUAAGCCAGCUGCGGUUGCGUAUACGCAACGUCUCUUCCGGCUGCCGACUCAGUGGAUGAUAAGACGAAUCGGGGCAUUGAAGGCAGCAGCAGCGACAGAAAAUGAAGGGACGAACGCGAAAUUCGAACUUGCGAAUCAUAAUGAGUUGCGAAACAAAGGAAAAACAGAUGCUGAGCCAACACUGCGUCAUUUGGUAUUGAUUUUGCGGUUGCUCUUGUUGACAGCACCAUUUUUACGUACGCUUACAACAAGAGCUUCGACUUUAUCAGCAACCAGUGCACUAACAACAACAACAAAAUCUUCUCAAAUGCCUACGGAAGUGCGGAAUGUAAAGAAGACAACAACGAAUGAUGUUGAAAAUCUCGCCGUUUCCAUGAAUACAUUGGCUGGGCUGGCUGCUGUUGAUGGCAGUAAUGGUGCUGCUGUUACUGUUGCUGUUGCUGUUAAGAACUUUGCAGAUGCCCAAUGGGAAAUUGUAAAAGCCAACACUUACAGCAGCAUUAAAGCUAAUACAAACAAGGGCAACAUUUUGAGCGAAGUGUUGCUUGACACCAGCAGACAAACACAAUGCAACAGCAACGCGACUGAAAGUGACAGAAGUAGCGCUGAUAUGGAAUUUAAUAACAGAAAUGGAAAGCAACGGAAUAUUUCUGACAGUUUUGUAAAGCCUUGCUGUGUGAAUAGAAACACUGAACCUAACAAAGUCAAAAACAAUUCAAGAUGCAACCUUCAAUUGUCUUACACAUUUAAUAGCAAAACAGUGAAAUUUCUGCUAUUUCCGCUUUUGUUGGUAUUUAUGGAAGUGAAAGUAUCUUUUGAAAUAUAUUUGCUGUUAAUUUUGCUAACAGUACACAUAACUAAACCAUAUUUACAAUUCAGCACACAAUUUCCAAUGUCGGUGUUGCAACUGACAACCAACUGCGGAAACAAAAAACCGCGAAGUAGCAACGGCACAUCUAAGUCAACAAUAACAGAUAGAACAAAAAGAUUUCCGAUUAGCCGCCAGAGGCUCGGCAAUACAAUAAAGAUCAUUUCAGCAACGAAUGUAUUUCCGCUAUUUUGCUGUCAGAAAUGGGUGGUAUGGGAACACACAACAACAACAUUAGCAGCGGCUGCAUUCACCUCAUUUCAACCGCAAAGUAUAACAACAAGCAGCGGCGAAAGGGCAACAAUACACCGCAGCUUAACAGAUGAAGCGGCAGAAGUGGAUAAAACAAUAAAAACGCAAGGCAGCGCAACAGCAGCCGCUAUGCGAACAUUAACAGUAACAGCAAUAGCAACGGCAAUGGCAACAUUCGCGACAGCGUCAAUUGUAACGAGCCUCGCUAGAUGUUGCGGUUCCGCAUUGAGAUGAAAUCAAAUGAUUACACGCUGUCGGCAAAUGGGGUGUAAUAGGGGUAGGGUGUUGAAUUUGCGGUUAUUGGUGCUGAUUAUUCGUCAAAAGCAAAGGGAAAUAAUGUAAACGCACAAAAGGUACAACAUACAUACGCUCAUACAUGCGUGUACAAUGCAAAUGCGUACACUCAUAAGACAA